GCUACCGUAAGCAAAUGCCACGUUUCAACAAUCGAUCAGGAUAAGGCUACUAUACUAGGCUCUAGAUCAGGAUAGAUUAAUAGACACUACGUCACUUGCAGGUAUCCCAUUUCUUCACAAGUACCAACGGGAAAACAGAGUUAUAUGUGAGAACCAAUCCUUAAAUAAAGCUUCCAAUGAACUUAAAUAAAAAUUUAAAUCCACGAAGAACAGUUCGAAAGUUGAUUUGAAGUUACAAAGAAUUAUUUAAACUUUUAACUAGAUCGAGUACGACAAGGUUUUUUUUUUUUCGUUUAGAAGAAUGCAUUUUUUUAUAUUUUUAUUAGUUUUCGCCGGGACUUUCAGAAACAUUCAAUCUGAAUAUAAUUUAACCAUUGUUCACAUAAGUGAUUUCCAUUCUCAUUGGUUUGAAUUUAACGAACACGAAAAUAUUUGCUCACAUCAAGAAUCUAAGGAAGGAAAUUGUUUUGGUGGAUUUGCACGUCUUCUUACAAAGGUACGAGAGUUGCGUGAGAAAGAGAAGAACAUUUUAGUUUUGUCGUCAGGAGAGUUCUUCUACGGUUCUUCUCAUCACACUUUGCACGGAUGGAAAAUAGCCAGUCUUCUUCUUUCCAAAUUAAAACUAGAUGCAAUGAGCUUGUCUAACCACGAUUUUGGAAGAGGAAUUCUGGAAUUAUCAGCAUUUUUGUACAAGUUGGAUUUUCCUGUACUCUGUGCUAAUAUGCAGGCAACGAAAUCGUCCUUUCUUCACAGCCGAAUCAAUAAGAGCAUAGUUUUAAAUGUAAAUGAUGAAAAAAUUGGCAUUAUUGGCUAUUUGCACCCGCAUGCUAUCAAAAAGUCGAGACCAGCCGUGAGUGUAGAAAUUCUUCCUGAAUUACCCAUCAUUGAAGAGGAAGUAGAAAAACUCCAAAACAAAGGAGUCAACAAGAUAAUAGCACUUGGACAUUCAGGGUAUUACACAGACUUAAAAAUUGCCAAACAGGUCACGGGAGUGGACAUUGUCGUCGGUGGAAAUUCGGACAUUGUUAUGGAAAAACCAUCAGAGUUACAAAAAGAGUAUCCGAGAGUUACUCUGAAUGAGGUGAAUCAGAAGACAUUAGUACUUCAUGUACCUCAACACGGUAAAUAUAUUGGAGUCCUGAGAAUCACUUUCGAUGAAAUGGGGAAUGUCAUAGCAGAAGAUGGACAACAAGUUUUGUUAGACAGUCAUGUACCACAAGAUGAAGAGACAUUGAUUUUCUUGAGGAACGCCAGCCAGUUGUUGGAUGAACUUGCUGAAGAUUAUCGGAUACCUGACAGAGAUGAGGUUUUGGCCACUGUAAAAGUAACUUUGGAUGGAAAACCACGCAGUUGCCGAAUGAAUGAAUGCACUUUAGGGAAUUUUGUUGCAGAUGCCAUAUUGCAUAGGGUCAACAGAAAUGAUAACAUCGACGCUGUUGUCAUCAAUUCGGGCAUGAUACGAUAUUCCAUUCAAGCUGGUAAUGUGACUGCGAGAGAUUUAACGCAUGCAUUGUUUCUGGGCGAUCUCCUGGACACUGUCCAAAUGAACGGUUCAGAACUGAGAGAAAUGAUGGAACAUUCAGUCGAAGAAUACGACAUCACAGGAAUCACAGCCUCUGGAGCCUUUCUGCAAAUAUCUGGACUUAGAGUGGUUUAUGAUUUAAAUAAACCUCCAAAUCACCGUGUAAAGUCUCUGAUGAUUCGAAGUGACCCAUCGUACACCGAAGUUAAGUCAAGCAACCAUUACCGUGUAGUAAUGCCAAGUUUCUUGAGAAAAGGAAAUGAUGGUUUCAAAAGUUAUUUAAAAGCCGACAAUAAUACAUUCGGAGAGGACGAUGUCACUCUUUUAAUUCAAUACAUGAAGGAGUUUGAAAUCAUAAAACCGAUGAUCGAUAAAAGAAUAUCCUUUUACAACCAAGAACCAGAUCAUCCCACCGAUGAAAACGAAGGAACUAGAAAAUACCCUCACAAUGAAUUUAAGCUUUCUACAAUUUUUGGAAUUAUAAGUCCCUUACUGUCUGAUUUAGAGAGAUCGUUUUUGGAAUCGGUCAUCAUAGAGACGGAAAAAGAAGAAACCAUUCCAUCGAUUGAUGCUUUGGAAGCCUACUUAAAGGUUAGGGUAAAACACUUCCUAAAGGUAGAAACCAUAUCCGUAGGUAGCCACGAUGACAUAAUGACAAAUUAUAGAGAUGGACGCGCUGCAGGAACCAGAGAUACGAUUUCAGAAUCAGUCAUUAAUGGAACUAAUGAAAAGCAAACCUUCUUGACUGAUCCAGAUCAUGCCGAUUCCAUGUCUAAAAAUACUUAUGCAACAGCUGAAACAUCCAGUAUUCGUCCUUCUACGGAAGAUGUAAAGGACGCCCAAUCCAUACACGAGCUACUUUUACACUCUUUAGUCCAGUCAAUUAUAGAGAAGGUAAAAGAAAAAGUGCAACUCGUGUGAAAAUUUGGUGGUUACAUUAAAAAAAAAUUUUUUUUAAACAAAUCUUUAGUAAAAGCCACGACUAUCCAGAAUUCAGUUGACCAGAAAGUUCAAAUAAUCGGAAUUGUCUAAAAUUUACUGAUACACUCGAAUUUCCAUGGUAAAAUGACCAAUCGCUGCCCUUUAAUUUCAUUUUAUUAACAAACAUUUAGUUCAGAAAAAGUGCCACCCACCUGAUUUAUGUAUAUACGGUCGGACUUCUAUUUAACGAAGUCGGAACAUUUUAGAGAGAAAAGUGUGUGAGGGGGCAAGGAGAAGGAACAGCCAGGCCUGACUUUUCAUUAAUAUAUUCUGCAUUUUGCCUAGAAUGAUACUCUCUGAGGAAAGUGAAGCAUUCUAAUAGAAAAGAAUACAGUGUGAAGAAAGGGGACUCAUGGAAGAGCAGUUCUAGAACUGACCUUCAAAAACUACAGAAUUAUAGAAAUUCAAUUCUACUGGUAACGCCUCUGCUUAUAGGAACGAAGUUAAGGCCUGAGAAAAGAAGCAACUGAUUUUUUUUUUUUUUUAACUAGAGUCGAUAUCAAAAACUAUUUCCAAAAAUUCUGCAGAAUUAAAUAAAUUUGCAUAGAUUUUCAAUGUGUGAUAGGUAACUGUAAAUUUAUAGAAAGCAGUAAAAUUUUUUAAAAUUCAUGAUUUUAUUAAAAAUUAAACUGAUCUGUAAUAAACGGCGUUUGAAAAAUCCCAACCCACCUAGGUCUUCCAUCCUAAACCUGGAGUUUUUGAUAAAAAUACUGUUUUUUCAGAAAUACUUUA